CCCAGAACGUGACGGUGGAGGAGAUCCUGGCCGCGUACCGCCAGGCCUGCCAGAAGCUCAACUGCCGCCAGAUCCCCAAACUCCUGAAGCAGAUCCAGGAAUUUAAGGAUCUGACUCCCAGGAUCGACUGCUUGGAUCUCAAGGGGGAGAAGUUGGAUUACCGCUCCUGUGAGGCCAUGGAGGAGAUCUUCAAGCGCCUCCAGUUCAAGCUGCUGGACCUGGAGCAGACCAGCCUGGACGAGGACGGCGCCUCGGCGCUCUUCGACAUGAUCGAGUACUACGAGUCGGCCACGCACCUCAACAUCGGCUCCAACAAGCACCUGGGGGCACGCGGCUGGCAGGCGGCGGCGCACAUGAUGAGGAAGACCAGCUGCCUGCAGGCCCUGGACGCCCGGAACACUCCGCUCCUGGAUCACUCGGCUCCCUUCGUGGCGCGGGCGCUGCGGAUCAGCAGCAGCCUGACGAUCCUGCACCUGGAGAACACGGCGCUCUCCGGGAGGCCGCUCAUGCUGCUCGCCACGGCGCUGAAGAUGAACGUGACGCUGCGGGAGCUUUACCUGGCCGACAACAAACUCAACGGGCUGCAGGACUCGGCGCAGCUGGGAAACCUGCUGAAGUGCAACGGCUGCCUCCAGACGCUGGACCUGCGCAACAACCACCUGCUCGACUCCGGGCUGGCGUACCUGUGCGAGGGGCUGCGGGAGCAGCGCCGGGGGCUGGUGACGCUCGUGCUCUGGAACAACCAGCUGAGCCACGCCGGCAUGGCCUACCUGGGCAUGACCCUGCCGCACACGCAGAGCCUGGAGACGCUGAACCUGGGCCACAACGCCAUCGGGAACGAGGGCGUGCGGAACCUGAAGAACGGAUUGAUCGGGAAUCGCUCCGUGCUGCGCCUGGGGCUGGCCUGCACCAAGAUCACCUGCGAAGGCGCGGUGGCGGUGGCCGAGUUCGUGGCCGAGAGCUCGCGGCUGCUGCGCCUGGACCUGCGCGAGAACGAGGUCAAGACCGGCGGCCUGAUGGCGCUGAGCCUGGCGCUGCGCGUCAACCGCUCCCUGCUGCGCCUCGACCUCGACCGCCAGCCCAAGAAGGAGCCCGUGAAGAGCUUCCUGGAGACGCAGAAGGCGCUGCUGGCCGAGAUCCAGAACGGCUGCAAGCGGAAUUUCGUCCUGGCGCGGGAGCGGGAGGAGCGGGAGCAGCAGCUGCAGCGCUCGGCCUCCAUGGCCGAGAUCGGCAGCGAGCGCCCGGACGAUCCCGAGGAGAACCCCCGGGAAAAUCCCGAGGAGAACCCCCGGGAAAAUCCCCGGGAGAAUCCCGGAGCGAGCGCCGGCGCCGGCCCGGAGGAGAACGGGAGCGCGGCUCCGGCCGGAGAUUCCGGCUCCGACAGCGACGAGGAGGGCGAGGAGCAGGGAAAGGACUCGAGGGAGGUCGUGGAAUCCUCUGGGAAUUCCGGGAACGCCGAGCGCAGGAUUUCCGUCUCCAGCCCCGGCAGAGGCCGCAAGGUCUUCGUGGUGACGCGCGUGGAGAACGUUCCGGAAGGGCCCGGGGCCGUUCCCAGGGAAUCGGGGAUUGUUCCCGAGGGAUCCGGGGCCGUUCCCGAGGAAUCGGGGGCUGCUCCCGGUGGAUCUGAGGCUGUUCCGGAAGGAUCCGGGACAAUUCCCGAUGGAUCCGGGACAAUUCCCGAUGGAUCCGGGACAAUUCCCGACGGAUCUGGAGCCGUUCCCAACAGAUCCAAAGCCUCUCCCGAUGGAGCCGGGCUCGUUCCUGAGGGAUCCAAGGUUGUUCCUGAUGGAUCCAGGAUAAUUCCCGAUGGAUCUGGGACUGUUCCUGAUGGAUCCGGGGUUGUUCCUGAUGGAUCUGGGGUUGUUCCUGAUGGAUCCGGGACAAUUUCCGAUGGAUCUGGAGCUGUUCCUGAUGGAUCUGGGACAAUUUCCGGUGGAUCUGGGACAAUUCCUGAUAGAUCUGGGAUAAUUUCCGAUGGAUCUGGAGCUGUUCCUGAUGGAUCUGGGAUAACUUCUGAUGGAUCUGAGACAAUUCCUGAUAGAUCUGGGACAAUUUCCGAUGGAUCUGGGACAAUUUCUGAUGGAUCUGGGACAAUUUCUGAUGGAUCUGGGGCUGUUCCUGAUAGAUCUGGGAUAAUUUCUGAUGGAUCUGGGACAAUUUCCGAUGGAUCUGGAGCCGUUCCUGAUGCUUCCAGGGUUGUUCCCGCCGGAUCCGUCCCCGUUCCCGAACUGCCGCCGCGGCGGGCGGGCGCGUCCCAGGGAAUUCCCUGCGGGAGCCCUUCCCGGGAUUCGCCGCUUCCCAACGGCCUCAAGGCCGAUUUCGCUCGGGCGCUGCCGGAGCCGGGCCCGGACGGAGACGGGAAAUCGCCGGGAGCGCGCGCGGCCGAGCACGAGCCGAGCUGCUCCCGGAACGAGCAGGAGCUGCAGGAGCUGCUCCUCGACGCCAGCCAGGAACCGGCUCCGGAGCCGCUCUGAGCGCAGGUCCCGGAAGAGAGGGGGGUGGGGAAGGAUCCGGAAGGAUUUUUUUUUCCCCCCCCUUCUCUGUUCCCGCUCGGCGCAAGAUUCCAAGCGAACCUCGGGAAUUUCGGGACUUUUUCUGGGAAAAAACAAACAAAAAAAAAGACACCAAAAGCGACAACUCCGACGGAAUUUUUUUCUGGUUUUUUUUUUCCCGGUUUUUCCCGGUUUUUCCCGGCCUCCGAGGGAGGCGGGGAAGGAGGAGGAGCUCGGCUUUCCCCGGGAAUUCCCGGAGCCGUUCCCGGCGGGAUCCGGCGGCCGCGACACUACAGGGACCGGGAACGGCCGGAGCGGCGGGAAUUCGGGAAUUCCGUCCCCUUAAAAAAAAACAACAAACAAAAAGAAAAUCCCGGGAUCCUCGGCGCUUUAUUUAUUUUUGAUUUCCCGUCCUUUUCCGGU